AAAUCCAACGGAUGAGCGUCCCAAUCGGGCCGUAUAAACAAGGACAGGCUAACCACGACGCCUGGAAGCCCCGAUCCCGGCGCCGCCACCCCCGCUUAAACCCUAGAGCGGCGGCGGCGAUGGCUCCCAAGCGCUCGGCUCCACCUCCGCCCCCGGUUGCCUCCUCCGAGGAGACCGCCUCUGGUUCGGGCUCCGAGGAGGAGGAGGAGGAGGACGAGGAGGAGAUCGCCCACUCACCUCCUCCGGCCGCUCACAAGAGCAUUGCUCCGCCGCCGCAGAAGGACCAGGAAUCCGAAGCGUCCGAUGAGGAUGAAGAUGGCGAGGAGGAGGAGGAGGAAGAAGAAGAAGAAGAAGAAGAAGACGAGAAGGCCAACCGCGUGAUCCCUUCUUCGGCCACCAAGAACCCGCCUCCGCCGCCGCCGGCUCGCGAGGAAUCCGAGACCUCCGACGAAGAAGAGGAGGAGGAGGCGGACGACGAGAUGCCGCAGACGAAGCUCGCUCCAACUCAAGAGAUGGAGGCGAAGGGCGCAAAGCGGCCGAGCGCGCUGUUCCAGCGCACCUGGUCGACGGACGACGAGUUCCGCAUCCUGGAGGUCCUCGCUGCGCACCGCCUGGAGCACGGCAGGCUGCCCAAAAUAGACGUGCUGGCCAACGCCCUCGCUGGCAAGCUCGACAACAGUGGCUGCAGCCUCCCCGAGCUCCAGAGGAAGGUGAAGAGUUUGCAGAGCAGGAACAUCAAAGCGGUCAAGAAGGGCGUGCUGCCGAGCAAGGAUGAAGACCGCCGUCUCUUCGACCUCUUCAAGAACGUCUGGCCCGUUACGAAGGUGGCACCUACCAAGGUGGCGCCUACCAGUGGUGCUGGUAGGGAGCCUGACGAGAUGUGUGAGCUGUACCCAUACCUUGCGGAGGAGGUGAAGGCGCUUCAGAAGGCACACCCGGGCAUGUUCAAGCGGGAGUUCGCGAUGAUCGACGAUAGCAAGGCCCGUGCACUGGACGAGAAGAUCAAGAGGCAGAGGCAUGCACAGAUGAGACUGCAUCUGCGUCGCCUUGACCUGACCAAGGAAGUGACCAAGACACUCAUGGACCUGGCUGAGUGAUGGGAUGGACUGGGCUGAACAAUAGGCAUUCUAUUUUAUGGCAUUCAAAUGCAUUGAUGCGAGAUUACCAGCAAAUGUUGUAUCAUAUACUGUUGCAUUGUCAGUGUUAAGUCAGGAAGUGCCUGGAUGAUGUUCAGUUAUUCUUCUGUUUUGUUGUUGGUUCUGAACUUGGCAGGAUAACUUCGAAGUCUAAAUUUUGUCAGUCUAAGCUCUAGUAAUAUGGAAAUACUAUGUUAUUGUAGUAAUAUGGAAAAUACUAUGCUAUUCGGAA